CUGUGCACUUUACGGUGUUGGUGUACACUGGCCAAAUGAUAUAACCUAGCUUCAAUUUGAUCACAAAGUAAAACCAAAUUUAAUGAAUAAACUAUUGAACAUAGCGCAGGCUGUGCCGCGCCAGUUUGUCCGUGAAUAUGCCUUCAAGUCGGAUCUGAAAAUCAAAUGGGUGCGUCCGGAGAAGAUCGCGUGCUAUAAGCCGGAAAAGAGUGGCGAUCUCGGCAAACUGCCUCCGCUGAAACCCGAUGAGUUGCUGCUGGACUUCAAGGAUUGCAAGGCGCUGGAAAAUGCCGAUGAGUCAGUUAAGUCGCAAUACAAGCUGAGCAACAAUGCCAGUUAUUUGACAACACAGUUUUACCGUGAUGAGAUGGUGAAGGAGGUGCAAAGGCAUGCCCAGGAUUACGGGUCUAUGGAGGCCAAGUUGGGCAAAAUGACCGCUAUUAUUCGCCGCUACCAGGUGCAUAUGGAUGCGCAUCCGCGCGACAAGAUGAUCAAAGUGCGACUCAAGGAGCUUAUCGAAAAGCGCAAGAAGUUCCUUAAAUACCUGAGACGCUGGGACUAUCCACGCUUCGAGUGGAUUCUCGAGAAACUCGAACUGGUGUACAAGCCACCGCCCACACAUUUCCACUGGAUAACCCGCAAGGAAUCGCUGCAAAAGCUGACCGACACCUACUGCGAGAACCUCAAGGAAGAGCGGUUGGAGGCCUAUCACAAGCAACUGCAGGCCCAGCAAAUUCCCUUCCUCGAGGAAGCUAUCAAGAAGAUGCAGUUCGUGCGGCAGGAGCAGAUAUCCUGCGAUGUACCAGUGACCGUGACCGAAGAACAGAUCGCCGACUCGAAAAGGCAGCUGGCCCAGCUCAAAGAGCUGCAGCAGGCGGAGGCAGCCGCCAGUAGCCAGAAACAAAACGAGGAUAGCUUCAAUUAGGCCCGAUUCUUUAAUGUUACGGUGUCUUACAAUAAAUGUAAAUGCUGAUGUUCUUAAA